AUGUUUCUGCGUGAUGUGUCAAUACGUGCUGUAGAUGGAAUUCGCUCGUCUUCUUGUUACAAGAGACCUCAGAUAUGCCACUUUAGCGGCAAGGCUUUCGGACGACGUUUACGUGAACGCAGCUUUACUGUUCUCGUGGAAGCUCUACGGAGCUCAUACCAACUGAACUUGAGCGAUCACGGGCUUGAAAAUUGUGGAGAUGCAUGGUUGGUCGGGAUGGAGAUUACCUGGGCUUUCGUAGGAGUAUCCUUAGAGAGUCUUCGCAUUCUGACGAUCGCCUGUCGAGAAUUCACAUCAUUUCAUAUCGUCGGGGAGCCAGGCUAUAUUGUGCAUCUCGUCGUUAUGAUGACCUCCCGGAGGAAUGAGAUCGCUGUUGGGAAAGGGGCGUCUUGGUCGAUGGUGAGCAGGUCUCUGGGACACGAAUGUUUUCCACUUUUCAAAGGGCUAGACCUGGCUGCAACAUCGAUCUUUCCCCUCAGACGCAUAGAGAAAACCGGUAAGACCACCUAUACUUCAAAUCCCUCCCGGUAUAUACGCGCUUCGGUUGGAACUCGAAUCGAUCCUGAGAUGACGCCUUCAUUGCUCAUCUAA